CAUUGCUGAAGAUUCUGACAUGAAGAGACGGAUGCGUAUUCACAUGCAUUUAAUCUGCACGGAGCGGGGAGGCGGGGCGGACCGCGGACCGAGUAAUCAAGUGAGAGAAUGAUGUCAAGACCAGGCUGAGAUAACUGGGGCAGACGACUCCCAAGACAUCCCGUUCGUCUUCCGGCUCUGUCCUACACCUGGGUCACUCGCCACUACAAGACCUAUAUAACUCACCCGCUUCCACCCUGACAGUCAUCCCGAUUAUCCACCAUGGCCUCCGAGGAACUCCCCAGCACCGACAUCAUCACCCUCACAAGACAUGUUCUCCAUGACCAGUUCCGACUUGGAGUCGCUGUAACCGGUGACCUCACCCUCCUUCUCAUAGCCAUCCAGACCACCUCCAAAUUCAUCGCAACCAACGUCCGCAAGGCUCGCCUGAUCAAUCUCGUCGGUCUCGCAGGCGAGACAAACGUCCAGGGGGAGGAGCAGAAGAAGCUGGAUGUCCUCGCCAACGACAUCAUGAUCAACGCCCUGCGCGCGUCGGGCAAGACCGCGGUGCUCGUCUCGGAGGAGAACGAGGAGGCGAUCAUCAUCGACGAGCGCAACCGCGGCAAGUACUGCGUCGUGUUCGACCCCCUGGACGGAUCUUCCAACAUCGACGCCGGUGUCAAUAUUGGCACGAUCUUUGGUAUCUACCAGAUAAAACCGGGAUCGACAGGGACGAUCCACGACGUGCUGAGGGCUGGAAGUGAGAUGGUCGCCGCCGGCUACACGAUGUACGGGUCCUCUGCGAACCUGGUGCUCUCCACCGGAUCGGGCGUCAAUGGCUAUACGCUUGAUGCAGCACUCGGAGAGUUCAUACUGACGCAUCCAGAUAUCAAGGUUCCUUCCCGGGGAAAGAUCUACUCGUUCAACGAAGGCAACUCGGUCUACUUCCACGAGCCCGUCGUCGAGUACCUCAAGUCCAUCAAGUACCCCACCGCAGGCGCGCCCUACUCGGCGCGGUACAUCGGGUCCAUGGUCGCGGACGUGCAUCGCACGCUGCUCUACGGCGGUAUUUUCGGCUACCCCGACGACAAGAAGAGCAAGAGCGGAAAGUUGCGCCUCCUCUAUGAGGCCUUCCCGAUGGCGUUCCUGACAGAACAGGCUGGCGGCGUUGCAACGACCGGGCGCGUGCGCAUCCUCGACAUUGUGCCAAAGUCGAUACAUGAGCGCUGCUCCGUUUUUCUCGGGAGCAAAGAAGACGUCCAGGACCUCAUUAAAUUCUACGAGUAGUGGCUCAGCUGUGUAUAGCGAGGGGCAAAGCAGCGGAUAAUAGCUACAUAGUAGCGUCCAUGCGCCAUGAGGAAGUUUAUCAGACAUCAUGUAUUUUUACCAGGAACGUGUACAUGUAAUGCUGUGGUGUUGUCUCG